AUGGGUCACUCUGGAGGUCUCCGAUCCGGCACGCGAUAUGCGUUCAGCCGUGACUUUCGCAAGAAGGGCGCAAUCCACCUGUCGACAUACCUGAAAACCUACCGCGUCGGAGAUAUCGUCGACAUCAAGGCCAACGGUGCCGUCCAGAAGGGUAUGCCAUACAAGGUCUACCACGGAAAGACCGGUGUCGUGUACAACGUGACCAAAUCCGCCGUCGGCGUCAUCAUCAACAAGAAGGUCGGCAACCGAUACAUGGAGAAGCGAGUCAACGUCCGCCUCGAGCACGUUAACCACUCGAGAUCGAGAGACGAAUUCUUGAACAGAGUCAAGUCCAACGCCCAGCGCCGUCGUGAAGCCAAGGAGAAGGGCGAGUCCGUCCAGCUCAAGCGCCAGCCCGUUGGCCCUCGUGCGGCGCACGUCGUCGAAUUCACCGAAGUCGAGUCUCUCGCUGCCCAGCCUUACGAUACCCACAUCUAA